AGUGAGCCUGGGCCAGGUGGAAAGAACCGCAUUUAGUAAGAAGUUCUGCUGACGUGGGGGACUCGCGCGUUCCCACCUUAACUUUGUUUACUCUCUUUUAGAGGGUGGGGGAAAAGUAGUAGAAGGCGUUGGAGUCACUCAGCCCAGCUCCCUCACUCCGAGCAGAGCGGGAGGGGACCGGCUUGGGAAGGUCCUCACCACCUGCCACAUUCCGUAUUUGGGCAAGUAUGUGCGUCACCGUUAGGAAUAUGGCUCCCAUCGCCAAGGCCCGCACAAUUCUUACGUGUCUGCAGAAGCGGGGUGUGUAUGCCACGUUCCUUUACAAUUGCCAGUCUGGGGACUUACGAACAAACACCCAGAUGUUCACUCUCCCAUUUCUUAGCGGCUUUUGUAUAGCCCGGGAAUUAAGGGGGUAAAAUGACGCGUUCAGUGAGGGGCAGAAAUGACAGGCGAGAGCUACCAGCUCCAGAUCUUUGCGAGUCCCCGCGCCGCCCGCUGGGGCCGGGACACCGAAGGGGGUUGGCGUCCCUCCCAGACGCACCGAGACCUCGGAUCCUCACAUGUGAGAGUCACCACCUUUCCAAGUGGUCGGGGGGCGCAGAUGGACUGCGUCCAGCCUCGUUUCCCGGUCGCGUUACGCAACAACUUUGCAGCCGUCAUCUUCGACCUAAUUGUGCUGGGGGCGGUGUUUGCGUUCGGAGCUUUCCCGGCCGCUCCUGGCUGUAGUGGCGCUCCGCGGAAAGACUCAGGGCAUUUCAGUCGCAGGGCAACCCCGCCGACCUGACCCUUCUCAGUCUCUCGGGACUGUGGGCACCGGGAGGCUGAGGUCCCCGCCGCACCGAGAAGCGCAGCCCACGGCCCUAGCCCGAGGCUGGGUUGGCAACAGAUAACCAAGACUACCCUGCUCCACUCGGUGAAAGGCUCCUGACAGUUUUAUCCUGGAUCCUAAGGCAGAAGGAAUGGAGGUAAAGGUGCAAUUUUUCAAACCUGUGAGAGUACCAGGAAAGUGACUGUUCUCCUCUACUCCUUCAAUAGAGUAAGGUCAUUUCUGAUGCAGCUGAGGAAAAUGCAGACCAUCAAAAAGGAGCCGGCAUCCCUGGAUCCUUCCAGCAGCUCGGACAAGAUGAUGGUGCUGAAUCCUGCGUUGGCCGAAGUGGCCGAGGACCUGACUGCAAGUGAAGAGAUGCUCCUGAAUGAAGGGAGCAUGGGGAAAAACAAAUCCUCCGCAUGUCGGAGGAAACGGGAGUUUAUUCCCGAUGAGAAGAAGGACGCCAUGUACUGGGAGAAAAGGCGGAAAAACAAUGAAGCCGCCAAAAGAUCUCGGGAAAAGCGCAGGCUCAACGACCUGGUUUUGGAGAACAAGCUAAUUGCACUAGGAGAAGAAAAUGCCACUUUAAAAGCCGAGCUGCUCUCCCUGAAAUUAAAGUUUGGUUUAAUUAGCUCCACAGCAUAUGCCCAAGAGAUCCAGAAACUCAGUAAUUCCACAGCUGUAUAUUUUCAAGACUACCAGACAUCCAAGGCUGCCGUGAGCUCAUUUGUGGAUGAGCAUGAGCCUGCGCUGGUGGCCGGGAGCUGCAUCUCUGUCAUCAAGCACUCUCCCCAGAGUUCACUGUCUGAUGUGUCUGAGGUGUCUUCAGUGGAGCACACACAGGAAAGUCCUGCGCAGGGCGGCUGCCGGAGCCCUGAGAACAAGUUCCCCAUCAUCAAACAGGAGCCUGUGGAGCUGGAGAGCUUCACCAGGGAACCCAGGGAGGAGCGGGGUGCCUAUGCCACCUCCAUCUACCAGAACUACAUGGGGAGCUCUUUCUCUACCUACUCCCACUCCCCACCUCUCCUGCAAGUCAAUAGAUCCUCCAGUAACUCCCCGAGAACUUCAGAGGCCGAUGAGGGUGUCGUGGGCAAGUCCUCUGAUGGAGAAGAUGAACAGCAGGUGCCCAAGGGCCCUAUCCAUUCUCCAGUGGAGCUGCAACGGGUGCACGCCACAGUGGUUAAGGUUCCUGAAGUAAACCCCUCUGCCUUGCCACACAAGCUCCGGAUCAAAGCCAAGGCCAUGCAGAUCAAAGUGGAGGCCUUGGACAACGAUUUUGAGGGCAUACAGAAACUCUCCUCCCCUGCCGAUGUGGUGUCCAAAAGACACUUUGACCUGGAGAAGCAUGGUGCCCCUGGUAUGGUCCAUUCCUCCCUCCCUCCUUUCUCAGUGCAGGUGACGAACAUUCAAGAUUGGUCUCUCAAAUCAGAACACUGGCAACAUAAAGAACUGAAUGGUAAAACUCAGAGUAGCUUCAAAACGAGAGUGAUGGAAGUCAAAGACAGUGGCUAUAAAGUUUCUGAAGCUGAGAAUUUGUAUUUGAAGCGGGGGAUAGCAAACUUAUCUGCAGAGGUGGUCUCACUGAAGAGACUCAUAGCCACACAGCCCAUCUCAGCCUCGGACUCUGGGUAAAUGCUACUGAUUGAACUGCGUGUGGAUGAGGAGGAUGCCGCUGGUACCAUGCUGUAUUUCCACUGGACCUCUGAUGUCAUUUCACUGUAAUGUGCACACGGUGUCUGUCUGGUGUCUGUGUGUGCACAUGCUGAAGACUCAAUGCUGUCACUCUGCCUGGUGUGUAGUCAGAUAACCCGCACAGAGGCUGUACAUAUCGAACAUUAUUUUGCUCUAUUAUAAAGUGUGUACGUUGCCAGUUUCAAUAAAGGAUUGGUGACACACAGCA